AGGCUUUGCAACAACGUCUACGCUAAGAAGUAUCCGCGCACCUACGAAUCCACAGCCACCGGAUUAACAGCCGCUCAGUGCAGCCAAGUCUUGAGCUCCGAGUUCCUGCAAUAUCUCAACGAGGGAGCGGGCACCAAAAAGAAGUAGCAUCAUGAUGAAGCGACUUCUAAUCCCGACUAGACUGAGACUGGAUUUAUUGAGGCUUAAUUCUGUUGAAGCGAAGACGGCUGCAGCUCCUCCUCCCCAUGUUCCCGUCCUCUGCGACACAGCCAUUGAUUACCUGCAACCCGUUCCCGGAGGCACCUAUUUCGACAUGACCUUCGGAGCUGGUGGCCACACGCGGCGUCUACUGGAGAAGUGUCCCGAGGCAAAGGUCUACGCCUUGGAUCGGGAUCCAGUGGCCCACCAGCUGGCCCGCGAGAUGAGCGAGUCGGAGGAAUACAAGGGCAGGCUGAUUCCCCUCCUGGGAAAAUUCUCUGAUUUGCCAAAAUUUUUCAAAGAACAUGGCUUGGCCAAGAACUCGGUGGACGGAAUGCUCUUCGAUUUCGGCUGCAGUUCCAUGCAGUUCGAUGAGGCGGUCCGGGGCUUUUCCAUAUCCAGGGACGGACCGCUGGACAUGCGAAUGGAUGGUGGCCAAAGCGGAGGCGUUACAGCUGCCGAGGUGUUGGCCAACGUGGAGGAAGCCGAUCUUGUCAAGAUUCUGCGGACAUAUGGCGAGGAGAAAGCAGCAAAGAAGAUAGCCAGAGGGCUGAUAGACGCACGCAAUGCACUCUUCAAAAUUGAGACCACCAGGCAGUUGGCGGAUAUAGUAGAAAACAUCAUGGACGGGGGUUCCAGGAAAGACAAGCUUCGAAGACCCGCCCAUUCGGCCACCAAGACCUUCCAAGCGAUCCGCAUAUUUGUGAACAAUGAGCUGAAUGAGAUAAACUACGGCAUGGUUUUGGCCAAUGAAAUCCUCCGUCAGGAUGGUCGCUUAGUGACCAUCACCUUCCACUCGCUGGAGGACACCAUCGUGAAGCGUCACAUCAAUGGAAAUGUUUUGGCGGGAGCCGCCAAUGCCUUGCCCCUGAAGUACUCCAGUCACUAUGCAAUAGACGAUCCGGAAAUGUUAGAAUCGCUGACCAAGAAGAACUGGAAGCAGCUCCAUCGCCAUGUCAUUGUACCAGAUGCCGAAGAGGUGGCCAGGAAUACCCGCAGUCGAUCCGCCAAGCUGAGAGCAGCCGUCAAAACAAACUAAACGCAUGUCAAUAAAUUCGCUCGGUCUAGUCCAAAUAUUUUCCCUCUCAAA